UGGGGAAAAUGCCGUAGACUCAGGCCAUGUAAAUGGCGUGGUGUUUGAUGGGAAGCUACUAAUCAUACGUGGAAAUGUCCAUGCAAGUAUGAAAGAUCGUGUUUACAAGGUUGAGAUAAAACUUGAUAGCGACCAUGAGGUUGAGGAGGCUACGUGCACUUGCCCAAGAGGACAGUUGAUAUGCCACCAUAUGGCAGCUUUGCUAAUUUAUGCGUAUCAUAAUGUAUCUGUGACAGAUGUGGCUUGUUCUUGGGCUAUCAAGAAGCAGCCAACAUGUGAUAGAGUGGAAACGAUUGAUGACAAAUAUGGGGCACAGGCCCCACAUCAAUCUAUCCGCGGACCCAUAACCAGGGAGCCAUUUGAUAAGGCCAGGGAUACAUUUGGGUCAUAUGAAAAUGUUGUGGCAUGUAGAUUUCUUCUCAGGAAGGAACCAAAGAUCCCAGAGGAUAAUAGAUGUAGAAAGUGUUGUAUUUUCUAAACAAUACCUGGAUGCAAGUGACAAACUCUUGUAUAUUCAGGAGUCCUUAAAAAUUUCGGACAGAACGAGGCAAGAAAUAUGUGUAAAAACUGUGGGGCAGUCAUCCAAUGCCACAUGGCUAAUUACGAGGAAGAAUAGGCUAACUUCUAGCAAUUUCGGAACUAUUCUAUCAGCAAUAAACCGGAAUAGGUUCCCCAAAUCCUUGUUUAGAAGAC